AUGGCGGGGAUCAGUCAUUAUUUUGUCACUGUGGCAGCCUUCGCUUCCUCUGUAAACUGUUUUCUAGCGGACAGCCCCUGUCAUUUUGACACUACAGCGGUCGGGACGGCCGCAUCAGGACAUGUUGAAACGGACCUGACGAAUCGCCCCACCUGUCGGAGCGGCCAGAUAGAGUGGCAUUAUACCUACCCCUACCUGCUAGUAACAUUUGGUGGGAGUGGCCUCCCUUACACUGCGUGUAUCAAGCCAAACUUUAUCACUGAUGGAUUCCAGUUUUAUUUUGUUACAGACGGUCAGGAACUUCUCCUUACGUCACAUAGGGAAGGUCAAGACGUAUGGUGGUGCCAGAGAUCUAACAAGGGAGACAAUCUGAUAAUUAAAGUCAAACCGAUAACCACUUAUUACGUGGGUGUGUUCGAUUUUGCCAUACACUGAAGACUAUCGUUAUGUAAAUCAAGUAAAUCAAUUAAACACGUAUAUUAAAACCACUUGCAAAUACACAAUGCGAUUUGUCAUUCUUUAUACUCAGUAAUUGCCAGAUUUUAUCGUAUUUCACAUUGAUCAAUUAGUGUAGUGAAGUGAAUAUCAUUUUGUAUUGGACUUGUUCUCAUUUAUCUAUUACUGUUUGAUUAGAUUUUUCCAUUAAUGGACAUUAAGAUAUUAGCAAGUCACAAAGCAAACCAUUAGGAAAGUUUCAGUUAAACACCCGAAAGACUAAAUGUUUAAAGUUGUUCUCUUCACUUGUUGCAUUCAGAAGCAGGUUUCCACAGCGUUUGGUCCUAUUUUUAUUACGUAUAGAUUUACCACUGAAGC